CGCCCCGCUCCGCGCCCGCAACUUCCCGCAACAAAGUUGGUUAGCGGCGAGCCGGCCCGGCGGCGAUGUGGGGCUCGGCGGGGGCCCCGAGUUAGUGUGGACCGCGCCGCCGGUGCGCGGGUUGGGGUAACCCGGUUCCGCCCCCCCCCCUCCCAUCCCUUCUCCUCCACCCCCGGUGAGAAACCCUCGCGGCCGCCCGCGGGGAUGCGGACGCGGCGCUGAGCGUUUCGCCAUGGAGGGGCCGAGCGGGUCCAGCUUCGGGAUAGACACGAUCCUGUCGGGUGGCAGCACCGGCAGCCCCGGAGUCAUGAACGGAGAUUUUCGCCCCCACGGCGACGGCCGGCCGGCGGAUUUUAGGAGCCAGGCCACGCCGUCCCCUUGCUCGGAAAUCGACACGGUGGGGACGGCGCCCUCAUCGCCCAUCUCGGUGAGCAUGGAGCACCCCGAGCCGCACCUGGGGGUGGCGGAAAGCCUCCCGCCGCCGCCGCACCACCUCCACCUCGGCCCGCACCCGCCGCCGCCGCCGAGUUUGCAGCCGUCGCCCCCGCAGCCACCGCCGCCACAGCUGGGCUCGGCCAGCUCCGGCCCCAGGACUUCCACCUCUUCUUUUUUAAUUAAGGACAUUUUGGGCGACAGCAAACCGCUAGCGGCGUGUGCACCUUACAGUACCAGCGUCCCCUCUCCCCACCACACUCCCAAGCAGGAGGGCAGCGCGGCCCCGGAGAGCUUCAGGCCCAAACUCGAGCAGGAGGACGGUAAAGCCAAGCUCGACAAGCGCGACGACACGCAGGGGGACAUCAAAUGCCACGGGACAAAGGAGGAGGGCGAUCGGGAGAUCAGCAGCAGCCGGGACAGCCCGCCAGUGCGGGCCAAGAAGCCUCGGAAGGCACGAACAGCCUUCUCCGACCAUCAGCUCAACCAGCUGGAGCGCAGCUUCGAGCGGCAGAAGUACUUGAGCGUGCAGGACCGCAUGGACUUGGCCGCCGCCCUCAACCUCACCGAUACGCAGGUCAAAACCUGGUACCAGAACCGGAGGACGAAGUGGAAGCGACAGACGGCGGUGGGCCUGGAGCUGCUGGCCGAGGCCGGGAACUACUCGGCGCUGCAGCGGAUGUUCCCCUCGCCCUAUUUCUAUCACCCCAGCCUGCUGGGCAGCAUGGACAGUACGACGGCGGCUGCGGCGGCCGCAGCCAUGUACAGCAGCAUGUACCGGACUCCCCCCGCGCCGCACCCCCAGCUCCAGCGGCCGCUGGUGCCGCGGGUGCUGAUCCACGGGCUGGGGCCCGGCGGGCAGCCGGCCCUCAACCCCCUGGCCAACCCCAUGCCCGGCACCCCGCAUCCCCGGUGAAACGGCACCGCGGUCCCCGCGACGAUCCCUUCCCCUCCCCGUCCCCAAACGAGCCCCAGCACCGCAGAGGAGGAAGCGAGGGGAAGCCGAGGGGCAGGAGCUUCUGCAGGCAGUCACCGGCCACCGAGGGAGGCGAUCAGUCAGAGCAGGGACUCUUGAACCGUGAACCCAGAGCCAAGCCCGUAAGUGAAACGACCACACGCGGGGGAAGGCGGGCAGAGCCGCGGGGCGACCCGCCGACCUCGGCUACUGCGAGGCAGGACUUGGAGCUCGGAGAGAGAGUCACAGAGGGGGUGGAGGAGGAGGAGAGGGAGAGGGAGCCCGAGCCCGAGCCCACCGGAGAGACUAACGGCUGCGGAGGACAGAGGGAAUGAGAGCGCCUCGACCCCCGACCGGCGGAGAAGACCGGGGGAACGGAGAACUUUGCACUGAUUUUUCUCAUUACCUUUUUUUUUUCUUAUUGAAAAGUGGCAUGCUCCCUAAUGCGAACAGAAUUGUACAGACCGAGUGCUGAGUGCUAUAUCAUAUUUAUUAUAUGUCGUCCAAAAAAGGAGAAAAGAAAAAUCACUUCUAUACAUUAGUUUAAAACGAACGAAUGUGGUUCUUCCCUACCCCUCUUCAUGUCUUUUUGGAUUCAGUAAAAUAAAUGCUUAGAUGACAAAAUA